AUGCCCCCGUUAUCAGCUUUCCCGGCAGAUCGCCAGCCGAACAUCUCGAAAGGUAAGAGAUGGUACCUAGAAACGCUGGGGAUGACCGACCCUCGAGAGCAGGAGCAAGUUCGCAACAUGUUAGAGCGUUUCAGCGAAGAGUUUGCCCCGAUGCGCAACCCUAGGAAAUAUCGCGCUAAAUCGUCGAUCGAGAGACACCUGAGGGACCGUAUCGAGGAGUUCCCGUUGUUUAUUCGUACCAGCUUCGCUGCCGACGCGGACAGAGCCAUCGGGCUUCUAUAUCAGGUCUUUAUCAAGGGACAGAACACUUGGCUGAAGAAACAGGAUUCUUUGGCAGUAGCGGCUGGAUUCUCAGUCUGUCACCUAAAACGCUACCGCUCUGGACGGAGGCAACGUCGCCACGAGUCAGAGUCUAACGGUGUAAACGUUCCUGGCGCUACCGCACUCGCCGCGACUAAAAGAGGCGCGCCAUUAGCCCUAACGGCUAGAGUCCAAUAUCCGAUCUUACUGACCAUGAUCGUCGCGUACAUUCCGAUAGCGAUAUUUUUAUGGGCGGAUUAG